CAUCACGGCCCCGCAGCGCCGAGCCCCGGCCGAGCUGCGGGCAGCGCUGGGCGCUGGGAGCGGGCACACCCCACCCUCCUCCUCCUCCUCUUCCUCCUCCUCCUCCUCCUCCUCCGUGUCCUUCUCCUCCUUCCCCGUCUCCUCCGCCGCUCCUCGCUCGCCGCCAGCCGCAUGAGUGUCCCCGAGGCUCCUGGAGCAGCCCUGAUUCCCUGAGCUCCGUGUCCAUCCCGGGGGAUCCGGAGGCGCCCGACCAGCCCGGAGCCGAGCAGGGCAGAGCUCCAUGAGGGACCUGCACAAGUCUGAGGUGCUGGGGAGCAAGCGCGGCCUGAUGUCAUGGCGGCCGCAGUACCGCAGCUCCAAGUUCCGGAAUGUUUACGGGAAGGCGGCGAGCCGGGAGCACUGCUUCGACGGGAUCCCCAUCACCAAGAACGUCCACGACAACCAUUUCUGCGCCGUCAACGCGCGCUACCUGGCCAUCGUCACCGAGAGCGCCGGCGGCGGCUCCUUCCUCGUCAUCCCACUGGAGCAGACCGGCCGGAUCGAGCCGAACUAUCCCAAAGUUUGUGGCCACCAGGGAAAUGUGCUGGACAUCAAGUGGAACCCCUUCAUUGAGAACGUCAUCGCCUCCUGCUCCGAGGACACCUCGGUGCGGAUCUGGGAGAUUCCGGAGGGCGGGCUGAAGCGGAACAUGACGGAGGCGGCGCUGGAGCUGUACGGGCACAGCCGCCGCGUCGGGCUCGUGGAGUGGCACCCGACCACCAACAACAUCCUCUUCAGCGCCGGCUACGACUACAAGGUGCUGAUCUGGAACCUGGACAUCGGCGAGCCGGUGAAGAUGAUCGACUGCCACACAGACGUGAUCCUCUGCAUGUCCUUCAACACGGACGGCAGCCUCCUGGCCACCACCUGCAAGGACAAGAGGCUGCGCGUGGUGGAGCCGCGCUCCGGGCGGGUCCUGCAGGAGGCCAGCUGCAAGAACCACCGCGUCAACCGCGUGGUUUUCCUGGGAAGCACCAAGCGGCUCCUGACCACGGGAGUGUCCCGCUGGAACACCCGGCAGAUCGCCCUCUGGGACCAGGAGGAUUUAUCCAUGCCCCUGAUCGAGGAGGAGAUCGAUGGGCUCUCGGGGCUCCUCUUCCCGUUCUACGACGCCGACACCCACAUGCUGUACCUGGCUGGGAAGGGCGACGGCAACAUCCGGUACUACGAGAUCGGCUCGGAAAAGCCCUACCUGAGUUAUCUCAUGGAAUUCCGCUCCCCGGCUCCGCAGAAAGGGCUGGGGGUGAUGCCGAAGCACGGCCUGGACGUCUCCGCCUGCGAAGUUUUCCGGUUCUACAAACUCAUCACCCUCAAGGGGCUCAUCGAGCCCAUCUCCAUGAUCGUCCCGAGGCGGUCGGAGACGUACCAGGAGGACAUUUAUCCCAUGACUCCGGGCACGGAGCCGGCCCUGACGCCGGAUGAGUGGCUCAGCGGGGUCAACAGAGAUCCCAUCCUGAUGUCGCUGAAGGAGGGAUACAAGAGGAAUUCCAAGAUCGUCUUCAAGGCGCCGGUGAGGGAGAAGAAGAGCGUGGUGGUCAACGGGAUCGACCUCCUGGAGAACGUCCCGCCCCGCACGGAGAAUGAGCUGCUCCGGAUGUUCUUCCGGCAGCAGGACGAGAUCCGGCGGCUGAAGGACGAGCUCUCGCAGAAGGACAUUCGGAUCCGGCAGCUGCAGCUGGAAUUAAAGAACUUCCGGAACAGUCCCAAGAACAAUUGACUCCAGGGACGUUUUCUAAAGAAAUUCCUUUGUUUCUACUCCCAAAUUCCUUGGAUCCACUCACCCAGAACACAAUUCCGGAAUCCGCGGCUGCCGAGAGCCUGGAAUCACGUCCUGCGCGUCUUGUCCGGCACUAAUCCCGCUCUAACCUGAUUCCUGGGAAAGCCUGGAGGCUCCCACUACGUUGGAGCCGUGUCCUGUCCGUCGGGAUGAGCCAGCCCGGGGCGGAUUCCCGGGAAAGCGCCAAGCUUCCUUGCUAUUAAUUUUUUUUUUCCUAUGCAAAAAUGUGACAGCGGGAACGGAACUGGAAAAGGGGGCGGGAAGUGGGAAGGGCUUGAUCGUCAAAGGGGGUGUCCAGGUGGGAAUCCGGGAUCCUUCCCGUGCUGGGAAAAUGGGAUUGAUCCCGUGGGAGCAGGACGGGAUCCUUCCCAUGCUGGGAAACUGGGAUCAUUCCUGUGGGAGCAGGAUGGGAUCCUGCCUGUGCUGGGAAACUGGGAUCAUUCCUAUGGGAGAAGGAUGGGAUCCUUCCUGUGCUGGAAAACUGGGAUAAUUUCCAGGGGAUCAGGAUGGGAUCCAUCCCAUGCUGGGAAACUGGGAUCAUUCCUAUGGGAUCAGGAUGAGAUCCUUCCCAUGCUGGGAAUCUGGGAUCAUUCCCAUGGUGGGAUCCUGGGAUCCAUCCCACGACCCUCUCCCAUGGUGGGAACCUGGGAUCCUUCCCAGGGUGGAGUCCUGGAAUUCUCCCCAUGAUGGGAUCCUGGGAUCCUUCCCAUAGUGGGAAUCUGGGAUCAUUCCCAUGGGAGCAGGAUGGGAUCUUUCCCAGGAUAGGAACUCAGGAUUCUUCUCGUGGUGGGAAUCCAGGAUUCUUCCUGCAGUUGGAGCCUGGGAUCCAUCCCAAGAUCCUUUCCCAUGGUGGAAAUCUGGGAUCAUUCCUGUGGUGAGAACUUGGGAUUCUUCCCAUGAUGGAAUCCUGGGAUAUUCCUGGGGGUGGUGCCCCAGGGAUGGAUCCCGAGGGAUGGAUCCAGACCUUGCCGGGCUCAGCACGUUGGACAAUCCCAGGAUUGCUGGAAUUUGCCCGGAGCACAGGGAACGACACCAGAUCCUGUUGUUUUUUCCUGGAGAUCCCAAUUCCUGAAAUUCCCGGCGUUCCCGGCGCGGGUCUGUCCCGUCCGUGUCCCGCGUUCCCCGCUGCGUUCCAUGUGCUGUCAUUCCCGAUUAUUUAUGCUCCCACGGGAUAGUGAUGGAAUAAAAUCUUUUCAGGAUACCAGAA